AUGGAGCCCACAUCCUCUGCAGAACAGGAACUCAAGGAGUUCACUUGGUGGCGCGUGCAUAUGGAUGCAGGCCAACGAAGCGUGGAGAGUAUAUCGAACGAGGCUGGCGAGCGGGUGGAGCAAUACAUGCGCUCUGCAGACUUCGAGCGGAAGCUAUCAUUGGACGGGGUGGGAUUACUGGAGAAGGCCGCGGCGGAGGCGGGCGGACAGCUGAAGGGCGUGGCGGAGCAGGCGAAGGAGGGUGCGACGGAGGGGGUGCAGAAGACGAGGUCCGGAUGUGGGCGUACCAUGCGCGGGUCGGACUCGGAGCGUAUCUCGUGCGAGGCCGGCGCGCGCGUCGAGGAGUAUCUGCACUCGGCGGACUUCGAGAGGUCGCUGAGUCUGGAUGGGCUUCGGUUGGACGAUGAGUAG